CAGCCAUUUUGUCAUUUGAGUUUUUGUGGCAAGUGAUUGCGUUGAUUGCGUUGGGUGGAUUGGGUGUGUGAGAACGUUGCCUCAAAAUCAUUGUGCUGUGGUUCUUCCGAGAAAAAAGAAAGAAAAAAGAAUGGCGCAUUAUUUAACUCAUGGGAGCCUAUUGCCAUCAGCUGGAAGCUCCACAUCAGGACUGGCAUUCGCUGGCACGAGCACGCAAGACCUUGCUCAGAAGGAGCAUCUCCAACAGCGACACUAUGCCCUGUUUCGCGAACUUCAGCUCAUGUCUGGCGAACUUCCACAGAGCUACCAACAGAGGCUGCCUUACGAGCUGCUCUCGAGUUUAGCCAACUCGCUGUUGGACGGCACCGUCUACGAGAUCGUGCGUGGUCUGAAAGACAUUCAACUGAUGGACGAAAAAUCACUCUUCGAGACCCGAAAGGCGGUUCUAAACACUCAGCGAGAAAAUGUACAGGAGCUGGCACGAAGGCAGAAAGAGCAGAAGGAGCUACUCAUCUCGGCGGGUCAGAGCCCCACGCUCAUCGCCCUGGCACAGCAGAAGGAGCGAGAGGCAUUGGAGAAAGGCCACCAAGAGGAGAUCAACAGAAUCGAUAUGAAGAUCAUCACCAAGCUCGACCAAUGCGUUAGCGACCAGCAAGUGACUUUGGAGAAGGCUGGGGUGCCCGGAUUUUUCGUCACCAACAGUCCCAUGGAGAUAUCCCUUCAGAUGUGCCUGCUCGAGUUCAUCACGAGGCUCGCUCAUGCGUGAUUUGGGUGUCAUAUCAUCGCCAGUAAUCAUCAUACCCCGAGGAUUCAGCGGGCCUCCGGGAAAGUUUCGGACCGGACAUAAUGUAUUUAUCGCCUUGUAAAUAGACGUCAAUAAACUGGUCGCCUUGUAAAUAGAUGUCAAUAAACUGGUCGCCUUGUAAAUAGACGUUGUCAAUAAACUGGUCGCCUUGUAAA